GUUCUUCUCACCCACGAGUCUGGUCCACAACACGCGCGCACACUAGACUAGGCAGCAUUGUGUCUUCUGAAGGUGAACACGAACUCGCUCUCCGGCUGCUCGAGCGAGUCACCCACAGCCAGAUGAUGACCGCCUGACCACCAUCGACACACAAACAUGCACAUCAAUCAUGUCUGAACAUAUAUAUGUGUGUGGGGGGGCACAUUUCCCACCGCCGAGUGUGAUGACAUCGCCGUCGUUGAGGAUGGCGUCCGUGCACUUGACGGAAUUGACAAACAACCCGUUGGUAGACCUGCACACACACACACUUAACACUUGGGCCUCAGUGCUCUCGCACUCCCAUGCACACUUGUGUCUACCUGGUGUCCAUGACGCGCACCACAUACUGCCCCUGCCCCCCCUGGGAGCCACCCGGCCGGCGGUCGACCAGAAUAGUGGCGUGCAUCCGGGAGAUCAUGUUGGGCACCUUCCUGCACAGACAGACACAGAUCUCUCACCCACAGACAGGUACUCUCGUUUCUCUUUCCCGAGAUGACUCACGUACGUGCUGUCUAGGUGGAGGUCCACUUUGUCCCGCUGUCUGCCGAUAACAAAUGUCCCCUCGCGCAGCUCCACCACCCUCGGAACUGGCACCGACGCAUCCGCACUGGCGGUGUGCUCCAACACGCCCACAACGGUGGAGGGUUCCGCGCCCUCUGCACCUCCCACACCCUCUCCAUCAGCUACCGCUGCCUCACCAUUGGCUAGUUCCUCAUGCUGCUGCUGGUGGUGGUGGUGGUCGGAUUGCUGAUCCUCGAUAAUGCGUGGCUGCCGGGGUUGUGGAACGAACGUGUCUGUGUCCAGCACAGUGGCCGUGCAGCCACCUCCAAGAGAAGCACCAGCACCAUGACCACCUCCCCCAUCAUCAUGGGCCUCUCCUCCCUCUCCCUCUCCCGGCCCCUCCCGCUCCCUCUCUCCCCGGCCCAGCAGAUGCAGCGCCCCACCUGCGUCAACAUCCUCACCAUCCGGGUGCUCCUCCUGCUGCUCGGCCUGCCCAGCUCUCUUCCGCUUCCGCUUCAGCCCAGGCCCGUCGCACAACCGAUAGAAAGACGAAAGAGGAGCGGGGCGGGGUGCUGCUGCGGCUGGAGGUCGAAGGACACGCGGGGCGAUGAUAGGGGCCGGUUGGGUCAUGUCGGGUAGGGUGGGCGGGCAGUCCCCUAGCUGCGCGCCGUAAGCAGGGGCCUCAGAAGCGCCAGCCGUCACGCCGGUCGUCUCUCUGCCGGUGGUUUGCGAUAGCGGGGCGACAGCGGGAAUUGAGGCUGCUUGGGCGAUGGCAGGCUCCCCGGCCUCCUCUACCUUCUGCCUUUGCUGCAUCGUCGCCUCGUCGUCAUUCACAGUGUCGCUGCCUGCUUCGCCAUCGCCACCGUGCUGCUGUUUCUCUUCGGCUUCUGGCUGGGCAGCCUCCCUCUCGGCUACUGCUGCCACGGGUGCGUGAUGGUCCGGCUCUCGAGGAUGGCUGGCGGCGGGAGGGGAGGGACGCACGGAGCCGGGGUCUGCAGAGGGCUGCUGAGCCGAUGCUGCGCUCUGGUUGGCGCUGCAGGAAGACACCAUAGGUAAUUUCACAGAGAGAAGGAACAGAUGCACUCAUCGUUUCAUUUGUUUCGUCUGUCGACAGUACCGUAUCUUCUGAAUGAGCCCUUUCCACUUGCGGUCGCUGCCGGUGUCGGUCUCUACGCGUGCAAAUCUCCCGAGGCCGCUGUCCUUGCGCCUUCCUCGGUGGUUGGCUGACGUGCUUGACGAUGGAGAAUCAUCCAGAAGGCUGUCAUCCAACAGAUCCUCGGGGAUUCCGAACCGAAAGCGCCCGCCGCUCAUCAAGCCGAUUUUGAGUUCGGAUGGUCUGAGCAGAGCACAAGAAAACCAACUACGCCUCACCACAAGCCGAUACAACCCUAUGUGCGAGGCUGCUUGCCAUGGGUCAGGCACCUUACAACCAUCUUCAUCGCUCUCUUG